AUGGGGACAGAGGAUGGGAUGCAUUUUCUCUCGAGCACAAUGCCCGAGAACCUCUCACUACUCUCUUCACCAAAGAAGUUUAUGAGAAAAUAUCUGAGAGUCUUCAACUUUCUUUGGAGGCUAAAGCGUAUGGAGCAUGCAACCUGGCAGGCAAUGAAACCAUAUUGCAUGAUUGCUCGCGUGGAAUCCAAUAAUGAAGGUGGAGGGAGAUCUCAGUUAGCCCUAGUUCUGAGAAGGUGUCAGACCUUGCGAAAUGAGAUGAAUCAUUUUGUGACUAAACUUCAAUACUACAUCACGUUUGAGGUUCUUGAGUACUCAUGGUCAAACUUUCUCGAAGAAAUGGAGGAGGCACAUGACCUUGACGAACUCAUCGCUGCCCAUGUCAAAUACUUGGACUCUAUUUUGGAGAAGGCACUGUUGGAUGAACGCUCUCAGUUGCUUUGCAAGACGCUGUUUAGCCUCGUCGACCUCAUUCUGCGAUUUAGAGCCUUCGCAGAUAGACUGUAUGAGAAUGCACGUAACUUCCAGACCAGGUAUGAGACAUCACUGAGGCCCACAGAGAAGAAUGAUACAUUCUCCAAGUCUCGUUCUGGACAGAGGGAAUUGUCCACUGCACAACUGUCAGGUGAUUUCCUGGCUUAUCUUGGGGAUGAGAUGGAUUGGGUUGCAGUUGAAUACUCAUCACUGCUUGAAGGUUUCAUUGCACAGUUGCCAGGGCAACAUAUAGAUUUGAAGUUUCUAUCUUUCCGGCUCGACUUUUCUGAAUACUACACCCGUCUGCACACGGGCAUGUCUACCAUCCCGAUUCGACUUCAUCGAACCCCUAUCAAUGUACUGAAACCCUCGAUUAGCACGGAACUUGACCUAGUCUGAUGUAGAAGCAAGGUAGAGUUGUACACAUAAUUUUAAUCUUGCACUAAAGGUGCACGCCUCUCAAUCUGACAUUGUAGAUAUCUGAUGGGAGAUCAGAAAAAACCACUUCAUGUGAGGCUCUGCGUAAAUUUACGAGCACGCUGCCCAGUAAGAAAAAACGAUCAUCUACAAAAGAUCUAUACACAAAUCCCUCUCCUUUAAAAUAACAUCUUGGCGCUUUUAUUUAUUGUACUUAACAAAUAUUCGAGCCAGCUCUCACCAUGUUCUCUCCAGGAAAAUGAAGUGGAAUUUUGCUCCGAGAUUCUACUAUUUAAAUUUCCAAUUAGAUGGAUACACUUUUGAAAACAACUUAUAUUUUAAUCUUCAUCACAAGAGGAUUGUCAAUUGCUUUCAAAGCUAGUUUGCUAUUUUCAAGAUUUUGCUCAGCUCUCUACCAGGUGUUAUCGAAUUGGGAAAGUGGUGUUUUCGCACCUAAUUCUUUCGACUUGUCGGACCCAACUGGUGAACAAAGUCUUGAACUAAAACUGUGUUUCCAAAAAUGCUACCAUUAUAUAACUUCUAUGUAGAUGAUUUUUUUGUUCUUGUUAAUUUUUCCUGUGAUAGCUCAGAAUUG